AUGGCAAACCAAACCUAUGUGGCUGAAUUCCAUUUCCUUGGCCUUUCCAGAAGCUUGAAGAUCCGUCUUUUAUUGCUUGGACUUUUUUCAAUUGUCUAUGCUGUCACUCUGGUGGGCAACACAAUCAUCUUAAUGCUCAUAUGGUUGGAUGCCCGGCUCCACACCCCCAUGUAUUUCUUCCUGACCCAUCUGGCUUGUGUGGACAUCUGUUAUACUUCCAGCACCAUCCCCCAGAUGCUGACCAACCUUCAAAGCCCAGGACAAGCCAUCUCAGUGGCUGGAUGCGCCAUACAGAUGUAUAUAUUUCUGGCAUUAGCCACAGCAGAGUGUUUUCUCCUGGCAGUGAUGGCCUAUGAUAGAUAUGUGGCAAUAUGCCAUCCACUGCACUACACAGUCCUCAUGAACAAAAAAAUAUGCAUCUUUAUGGCCAUGGCAUGCUGGACUAGUGGCCUCGUCCUCCCUGUGGUCCAUACCGUUCUCACUUGGCAGUUGCCAUUCUGUGGUCCUAACUUGAUAGAUCACUACUUUUGUGAAAUGCCAGCUUUGCUGAAGCUGGCAUACGCUGAUACCAGAGUUAUUGAAAAGAUUACUUCGGCGGGCUGCAUUUUCACCUUGCUUAUUCCUAUUACUUUUAUCACAAUGACUUAUAUCCGCAUUCUAGUAGCUAUCUUGAAAACCCAAUCUGCAAAAGGGCUGCACAAAGCUUUCUCCACAUGUGGUUCCCACAUGACAGUUGUGGUACUUUUCUAUGGCAGCGCCAUAUUUAUGUACAUGAGACCUGAAUCCAGUCACUCUCCAGGCCAGGAUAAAAUGAUUUCUUUGUUUUAUAGCAUUGUCAUUCCUUUGUGCAAUCCCAUUAUUUACAGUUUGAAGAAUAAGGAUAUAAAAAGAGCCUUUAGGCGUUUGGAAUGCCGUGUUUUGUUAUCCAGACUGACGGACAACCCCAGCUUUUCUUUGGUUCAGAUCGUAUCGAACUACUAGGAAAUGUUUUGGGUGAGUGUUAUUAAUGUUUCUGUUGUUAAUUAUUGAGGAAUUUUCUUUAGGUUCUAUAAUGGACCAAAACGUUACAAAAUAUUAUUUUGUUUGCUUGCAGUUUCCAUAAAAAAGGAAAAAAAGGAAAAUCUUGAAUGCCUUGGGUUAGGAGGAAACUAUUUUGCUGCUAUUAUCACUUAACAAUAUGGAAGUUGUUUGCUAUUGUCUUGUUUUUUUCUUUUAGGUUACAGUGUGCCCCAAAACCUGUUUAGCUUUCUCAAAAUACUCAAGUUGGCAUCAUCCAGCUGGGUUCCCUGUUACUUCAAACAGCUUGCUAUUAUCCUACUCUGUCUCUGAGGACCUUAGAACAGGGGUCCCCAACUCCCCCAAACAUGGCCUGUUUUAAACUGGACCACACAAGCAAUGGGCACUUGAUUGGAGGACGCUUGCAUGUGAAGCUCCAUUCAUGCAAAUAGAGCUUUGUGUGCAAGCACUCUCCACUUGUACAAGUGGAGCGUCACACAUGAGCACAAGUGUCCUCCACUCACACCAUUUGUGCGCUCACACCAAUGGAACUGUGUGCGGGCACAUGCGUCUGCACUUAUGCCCAACGCAUGCUAGGCCAUCCCACCAAGAUUAAAAGAUUGAGGACUACUGCAUGUAUAAGCGUUGUGUUUACUGAGUACUAUAAAGAAAAAGGAGAGAAAUAUGUGUAACCAAUAAUUUACAAAGAGAUGUCAAAUGUCCUCAUAAUUUAAACAUUAUGUAAGUAGAAUGUAACUUACCUUUUGUAUAAUUCUACUUUUGUUCUAAAGCUCAUGAAAGAGGAAGAAAGAAGUUUUUUCCACACUGAUGCUUUCAUCCAAAUUG